UUUCUUUCUGUGUCCAGCGUUUGUUGUUGUUGUGAUUGUUGUUGAUUUACUUCUUCCUCUUCCUCCAGCGUCAAGACUACACGACAUAUAGGAUACGUGGUUCUCUUAUCACCUGGUCCUCGGGCGCCUGAACGUCCCCCGAGAUGUUCAAACCCCUCUCACUCAAAGAUGUCCCUCUGAAGGAAGGUCGUCUGCCACUGGCCGUCCCCAGCCCAAGGGAACCACCGUCGAAACAUAACCAGAGAGUCCGACAGAUAGCUCUAGUGGUCCUCGUGGUCCUGGUCGUUCGGUCAGCCAUCUUCUACUGGUCCUCCUCCUCGUCGGCGUCAUACGAUGGUGUUGGGUCCUUGAACGAAGCAGUGGGCUCCGUGCCCAGAACCGGUACUGCGCCAGCGCAGACAGAAGAGACGCAUUUUCCGACACUCGACGUUGAUACCGGCAAAGUAUCUGAAGAAGGGCCCCAAGGCCUCCCUCCUCAUAAACCCCAUCAGGUGCCCCUAGCUAGCAAGGAGGAUGGGCUCGGCAGGACAGCCUCCAAGUCACCAGCAGAGGUCCAUUUCUCGCCUAGGCCUGGCUUCAAUGAUGCUCUUUUUAAGAUCAUCAACCUGCUACCCAGCGAACUCGAAAUGCGGGGCCUCCUUCGCCCGAUCGAGCUCACAGGCGAACAGCGACUCCGGGAGUUAGGCAUGCUUGCGCGCAAGUACAAGAAGUACUUCGAUGCGUGGGAGGACCUGCAUGUUGUGACGGACUCGGACGGCGGCUACGAGAUCAGGGAUGACGUGAUUCCCUUUCUUCGAUACCAAGCCUCGACUGCCUCUUCCAGCAUAGAUCAUGUCGAGCUGGUCAACAAGAUACACGCCUAUGAGGGUUUCCGCCGGUUGCUCGUUCAGCUGGAUGAUCUCCUCUUCCCCUUCACAGCGCCUUACUUCCCUGACCACAUGACACUCCGCUCACACCUCAAGAAGGGUGGCCGUGGUAUUGUGCUUACCGCAGGGAACGAUCAAGUCACAUAUCUUCUCACCCAGAUCCCGAUCCUCCGCCAGCUCGGCUGCAACCUGCCGAUCGAGGUCAUGUACGUCGGCGACAACGAUCUCAACCGCGACUCUCGGCAGGACCUCGAAGACAUCGAAGGCGUCAUCACGCGAGACAUCGGAGCCAUGGUAAAUCCCGUGGGGUGGAACAUCGCCAGCUGGGCCGCCAAGCCCUUUGCCAUAUUGCUGUCAAGCUUCCGAGAGGUCAUCUUCAUCGACGCGGACAGCUUCUUCUUUAAGAAUCCCGAGGUCAUGUUUGACUACCCCGAGUACGUCGACACCGGGGCCUUGUUCUUCCGUGACAGGCUGAUCAUGCCCGAGAGCAAGAAGAGCUGGCUGCAGUCCAUCCUACCGCAGCCUGUGUCGCGGAACGUGAAGCAGAGCCGGCUGUGGAAGGGGGAGAGUGGACACCAGCAGGAGAGUGGAGUACUUGUCGUGGAUACGCAUCGACAUUUCCUGGCGAUGCUGUUCGUGUUGCGGAUGAAUGGGCCAGACCGGGAAGGAGACAAGUCCAAAAACCAGGUUGGCGUGUACGAUAUGGUCUACGGUGACAAGGAGACGUUCUGGCUCGGCUUCGAGCUCGUUGGAGAUACAGAUUACGCCUUCCACCAAGGUGACGCCGGCAUCAUUGGCGAGCUCGAGGAGUCUCAAGACACCUCUGGCGACCUCGCCAGCACGGAAGGGAACGACACCGACACCAGCGCAUCUGAGUUGCUGCCUAGAGAGCCCCCGAAGCCUAAGAUCUGCUCACCGCAGCUUCUUCACCUCGACACGCAAGGCAAGCCGCUCUGGUUCAACGGCGGACUCGUGCGCAACAAAUUCCUCGACAGGCGGGAGUGGAAGUUUGGAUCCUGGGACUCGUUCCUGAUUGAGCCCCGCGACAUCAGGGAGCCGGGCGCUUGGUUCCUAGGCGAUGCCAAUAUGUGCUGCCUGACGACGGAUCACCACCUAAAGGGUGAGCUCUCUACCCAAGAGAAGGAUCUCCUUGCCGAUAUGGUCAAGCAGGCCAGGAAGAUUGGCAUUGCCACUUAG